UAGGCCUCCCUCUGGAAUUCAGAGUUGAGCUGCUGUGCAAGUGACUGGCUCCUGGGAUCUAUAAGACAACAGUGAAGACUACAAAAGGGCAAGUGCCACACUCCAAAAGGACAGCUUCCGCCACGCACCAUGUGGUUGGCCCUGCUGCUGCUGCUGACCACAGCGCUGCGCCUGAGCCCGGCAGAGCCUCCCCAGGAGAGGGUCCCUCUUUUCCGACUCAUUCAGCUGGGCCCCUGGGGAAGCGAGGCCAACGACACCACGGGCUCGCCCUGCCAGGGGCUCUUCGCCACGGGGGCCACGACCUUGAAUCUGGCGAACCGCAGCCUGGAGCACCUGCCGGGCUGCCUGCCCCGCGCGCUGCGCAGCCUGGACGGCAGCCACAACCUGCUGAGCGCCCUGAGCGCGUCGGAGCUGGGCCACCUGCCGCAGCUGCAGGUGCUCACGCUGCGCCACAACCGCAUCGGCGCGCUGCGCUGGGACCCCGGCUGGCCCGCGGGGCUGCACACGCUGGACCUCAGCUACAACCAGCUGGCCGCCCUGCCCCCGUGCGCCCGGCCCGCGCUGGGCAGCCUCCGCGCGCUGGAGCUGGCCGGGAACCCCCUGCCGGCGCUGCCGCCCGGGGCCUUCGCCUGCUUCCCCGCGCUGCGGCUGCUCAACCUCUCCGGCACCGCGCUGGGCCAGGGGGACAUCGCCGACGCCGCCUUCGCGCCCCUGGCCUCCCUCGAGGUCCUGGACCUCAGCGGCACGCUCCUCAAGCAGGUUCAGCCGAGGUGGAUGGGAGACCUGCCCAAGCUCACAUCCCUCCACCUGAGGAAGAUGCCCAUGCUGAGGAGCCUGGAGGGGGACAUUUUCAAGAUGACCUCUGACCUGCAACAACUGGAUUGUCAAGAUUCCCUAGCACUCACCUCUGUCCAGACACGCAUCUUCCAAGACACUCCUCGCCUACAGCUCCUUCUGCUGCAAAACUGCAACUUGAGUUCCUUCCCUCCUUGGACCCUGCAUUCCUCCCAGGUUCUAUCCAUCAACCUCUUUGGCAACCCCCUCACUUGCAGCUGUGAGUUGUCCUGGCUCCUCAUGGAUGUAAACAGGACUAUCCUAAGCAGGGCAGCGGACACUGUGUGCGCACCAGCCGCAGGAUCCCCUGGGGCCUUCCCCGCCCCCCUGGCGCUGUCCCAGCUGCCCAGCGUGUGCCCCCAGGACCAAAGCACCACCCUCCGUGAUUCCAGCCCACCCUCCUCUACGGGCUCUACCCACGCGCCUUCCACCCCCGGUCCCUUCUCCCCGCUGCUGAGCACAGCCCCUCCCUCUCAAGCUGUCACCAAGGCCCCCUCCCUCCCUGUGGGCACCCCCUCACGAGCUGUCGGGGCGGGGGCCGCUGCCUCCACUACCGUCUCUACAGCAGGUCCCAGGAACUCCAGCGCUGCAAGCCCGGCCUGGACAGGACACGAACCUACUGCCUCGCAUGUCCUGAACCCUAAUAUUUCAGCUGCCUCCCUCCCACCCACCAGCAAACAACGUGGUCUCCUCCCUGCCUCCCGGAACCCACUGAGCAGCCCCCGGCACUACCGGACGACCCAGGCCACCCCGCAGGCUCCCCACCCAAGUCCUUCCCAGGAUGGAAUUCCAGUCUUGGUUUUGGACGACUCCAGUGAGGAGGAGGAGGAGGAGGAAGAGGAGGGGAAGGGGGAGAAGGUGAGCGCGCCACCCCAGGGCGUGGCCUGCGAUUACCACCCUUGUAAGCACCUCCAGACCCCGUGCGCGGAGCUGCAGAGGCGCUUGAAGUGCCAGUGCCCCGGCUUCAGCCAGGAAGACACCGUCCCAGACCCUCCCAAGCUGCAGGGCGUGUCGGAGAUCACAGACACGUCCGCGCUUGUCCGCUGGUGCGCCCCCAACUCGGUGGUGCGCAGCUACCAGGUGCGCUACUCUGGGGAGGGCUGGCCGGGGAACCAGUCCGCGGUGGGGGACAUCUACGCCACGGCUCGGCAGCACCCGCUGUACGGGCUGUCGCCGGGCACCACGUACCGCGUGUGCGUGCAGGCGGCCAACCGGGCCGGGCUGAGCCGGCCGCAGGCCUCGGGCCGCCGGGGGCCGUGCGCCUCCUUCACCACCAAGCCCAGCUUCGUGCUCAUCUUCGCGGGGCUGUGCGCCGCCGGCGGCCUGCUGCUGGUCAGCACCCUGGUGCUGUCCGCCUGCCUCUGCCGGCGGCGCCGGAGGCAGUGCUCCCACGCGCACCUGGUGGCCUACAAGAACCCGGCCUUUGACUACCCGCUGAAGCUGCAGACCUUCACUUAGCUCAGCGUCCCCUCCUCAAGCGAACUCGAGCUGAGGAGCUGGCUGCCUGCCUGCAGAGAAGAAGAGACCGAGGGUCCAACACGGCCCCGUCCGUUCUGAGCCUCUGUCAUUCCAGAGAAGCUGGAAUUACUGCUCCACCACACACAGAAAUUGGCCAAGUUGAGUUUUUCAGUCCAAGGAACUUCUCUCCCUGCUACUCCACUGGGUCUGUUUCCAGAAACGUGAUGGCCCACAUCAAACCACCCCUCUUGGGGCUGGGCAUUCUUGUGUGGCGGUGUUUUUUAGUAGCAAGCAGUGCUCCUCCGUGUCCAGAAUUGUGUGUGGAAAUGGGAAAAGAUAAAAGCUAUAUGCCAGCCUCCUAUAUACUGUAUUAGAAAUGACAUCUUCAAGCCGUUUUAGGAAGUUGAGGGCAUUAUACUAAGUGAAAUAAGUUCCCCCCUGGUCAAGCUGAGGCAGGGCACGUGUUUGUUAUUCAAGGAACCAACCCCAGUGGGGUUCUUCAUCUGAGGAGGAAGAGCACUGGCUGUUUUCUGAGGCCCCCGAGUUUCUUCGUUGCAUUUCAGGAUAUGGCAGAACGUGCUCCUAGCUUGAUAGUUAAAACCUCAGUCUUUGCCCUAACUGGUUUGGCUCAGUGGAUAGAGCGUCGGCCUGCGGACUGAAAGGUCCCAGGUUUGAUUCCGGUCAAGGGCAUGUACC